UUUCCCAUUUACAAGUUUCAUAUUCAACAUCUCGUAGCGCCGGUGAUUGCGAUUGGUGGACGGAUCCGGAGCCCGCGGUUGCUGAGCGGUAAUUGGCCACGCGGGCCGCGUCAUCAGAAUGGCAAGGCGCCUGCGCGUGCACCUUGCACACCGAUUGGUCCGACGCUCCAGUCAGUCGUCAGUCCGGUGCGGUGGAGGAUAGUUGUUUCGUGUCACGUUUGCGAUCGCCCCGCGUCAUCCGUGCAUCCUCUGUCUGCGUGGUGGUGCGCCGUGACUCGCCGUACGUGACGGCCUCGUCGUUGCCGUCGUCAUCGGUCGGCGAUCCGUCGGCGAACGCUAUCGCACGGCAAUCGCGGUGCUCGCGGCGGGGCGGAAUUCGACGACGCGCGCGUACGCGAUACGCGACGCCGUACGGCGGCGAGCACGGCGCCGACGCGACGCAGCGCACGAGUGUAGCGCGAUCCCGGGUCGCGCGAUCAGUGAUCAGAUGCACCAUGGACCAGGUCCCGUCGGUACCGCGACGCGCACAAAGGACGGAUAGAAAGCAGCAGCGGCGACGGCAGUGAGUGGCGGAGCGUGAUACACAGAGUGCGGGAGCAAGAUGGCGGAAUCGAGCUAUUAUCAGGGCGAUUACAUCAGGCACCCGGUUCUUUACGAACUGUCGAGCAAGUAUGGAGUGGCUGGCAGUGACCAGGUGCCCUUGCCGGCUCGUCUCGACGUGCUGCGAGAGCACAUACGCCGUGAAAUACGCAAGGAGCUGAAGAUAAAGGCCGGCGCAGAGAAGCUGAGGGAGGUCGCGACCGACCGCAAAUCGUUGUCUGACGUCGCCACGAUCGUGAAGAAGGCGAAUAGCAAGCUGAACGAGCUCCAAGCGGAGCUGCAACAGCUCGAAAGUCAAAUUAUACUGACGCAGGGCCAGCCCCAAUCGCCGCAGCAGAAUCACUCCAACGGUCAAGACACGCCUCUAUCACCGAUGGGGCCUUCGUCGCCGAGUCAGGAAGGUCUAUUCACGGACCUCCGUCUGCUGUCCUUGGAGAAGCAGCUCAAUAUCGAGCUGAAGGUCAAGCAAGGUGCUGAGAACAUGAUACAGAGCUUGACGAGCGGUCAUCGUGACAAGAAACUGCUACAGGAGGCUCAACAGAUGCUCGAUGACUCCCGCGCCAAAAUCGAGUUCCUACGCAUGCGGAUCAUGAAAGUGCGCCAGGCGCGGCAGCAGCAGCAACGAGGUGAUGCGCCACCACCCAACGGUGAAGCGACUAGUAACAAAGACAGGUACGAGCCCAGCCUGGAACUUGCGUUGGAGGAGAGGGUGGAGGAGUUGCGGCAUCGAUUACGGAUAGAGGCGGCCGUCGUAGAAGGUGCCAAGAACGUGAUACGUCUUCUACAAAGUGCCAAAGUUGCCGAUAAGAAGGCCCUAACUGAGGUGGGUGAUAUCAUAUGAACGAUCGUUGCACGUAAUAGCCGGGAGUUCGUGUAGCCACGCGAGCCGAAGAGAUCCUGGAUCGAUGAACACAAGAAGAACACGGACGGGCGAACCGCAUCACUGUCUUCUCUGGACGACGGGCGAAGAAGAGAGGACUGAUCGUUUGGGCGGCUUGUUCUCACGGCGGUGCCGAUCGCGGGACCAGGAUAAUGUCCUGCGGUGGAUGAAGGCGCGACGGAGGCUGAGGAAGAGACGCGGCGCUGCAGGAUGUACGGACGUCAGAAUAAAACGACGAGCGACGGUGGCGCGAGCCAGGUGCCGCCGUGGCACGUGCGGGCCGAGGUCACGAUCCGCCACGGCGACGCGGUGACCUCCGAGACCGUACAAGUGCCACCGGGCACCGUCACCACCACCGACGCGGGCGGCAUUCGCAUGAUAUGCCGCUGGAACACGAGCGAGCCGGCCGCGACGGCGACAUCGUCGGCGCCAUCCAUGACAUCUACUGCGCCGAGAUCGUCAAGCACCACUCCUGGCGGCUUCGGUUUUCAGCGUGGGAAUAUACUCUUCACGUCCACGCCGCCCGAGAGGCCACCCAAGCCGUCGGCCGGAUCGUACACCCUGCCGCGUUCAGGAUCGUCGGCCAACGACGACUCCAUCUCGUCCAGGUGUCGGGCGAACAUCUCCGACUCUGGAUACAACAGCGAACGCCUGUCGACACACACGUAUUCGAGCUUGCCCGCGCGGCGCCCGUCUCAGCAAUAUAAUCGCCGAUGCAAGAGCACGUGCAGCAUCGUGUUAUCUACUGCGGGUAUUGAUAAGACGAAUGCUGAAAAGAUCACGUCUGAAACGUCGAAAGCAUCGCCUGCUGAUCUCUGGCACCGUCGACCCUCGCAUCAGCAUCAAUUCUUCUCGCGUCAUCAGUUUAGCACGGUGCCGGAGGUCUGCGAAGACUGCGCGGAGGGCACGUCGAGUAUCUUCACCACUCAUUUUUGUACUCGGGUCGCAGAGAAAACAGUGAACAGCAAGGCCACUGCGAUUAGCAAAGACGCGGCUUCACAAACGACCGAUAUCGAAUCGACGCGCUCUUCUUCGACCAUAUCGAAGAGCAGCAGAGUCAGGAAAAAAUCCGGUACUGGUGUUGUCUUACAGUCUAACGAACAGAAAAAGAAAGAGCAGGAGAUUCGAUCGCCCCCAGCAUCGGUUAAGACUACCAGUACCGGUCCUCCGGUCGAUUCGGAAAAAUCGGACUCCACGAAAGACGACAGCAGCAAACGCAAAUCGCGGACGGUACACAUCGACGUUUACUGCACGGGAUCCGACGAUGACGCCAGUACGGACACGAGUAGCGACGAUGAUGAUGACGAGCGUAGCACGCCCAGGACCGUCUUCGAGAACGAGGACGUCCGAGUCACUCACACUCAAGCGGCGGGCAAUCUACCGCGGGGAUUUCAGGAUGCGAACGCAUUUCUGAAGCGCAGUGCUGAGCGACGAUGUGCAAGUUUCAGAAACGCACCCAUGCGGCUGCCGUCUUUGGCCAGCUCGAAGGGAUAUGACAGCGACGAAGUGCUGAGCUCUCUUUACCCCUCGCGAUUCAGCUCGUACAGCGGCAUACGGGAUAUCGAGUCUGCACCGUGGUCUGCGGCUUCGUCCAGCACCGCUCUCUCCCCAUGCGACUAUGAUUCCGUGACAAUGACGUCGUCGAAGGACACAUUCUCGGACCUCGAGUCCCUGAUUAACAACAAGUCUGGCUUGACGCCCUGCGACAGCUUCGAGUACGCAAAUUCUGCGGAUCGCGAUAGAAUACGGAAGAUGGAUGUCUUAGCGGCAACCGACAGAGAGAAAAGGAGGACUUGGCGGUCACCGCAGAUCGAACGGAAACAUCUGCUGCAAAACAAGAAGAUGAGAGAAUACUUCGCGAAGCACGAGAUAGGCUGGUCGUCCGGCGAGAGCGCCGAGGAUUCCGACGGCAGCGGAGCAGUCGGCUGGAGCUUUAUGUCCGGUGAUGACAAAUCACGACGCGCUAGAAAGGAAUCGAUCGUACGCCGCGAAGAUCAAACAGAACCCAACGCGACUGAGUUAGGAUCGGCAGACAGAAACGCUCAAGAGGAACUUUCUCGAUUCGCGAUGCGCGGCGAUUACGUUCCAUACUCAAAUGUUCUGCGCGAUCGUAUCGGUCCGUUCGGGUCGAAGAGCCCGUCUCCUCUUCCGUCCACCAUACCCUCCCGCGUGACGUCCCCCUUCACCACGCCGUACGGGGAGAGAACCGAUCACAGCUUGAAGGCCUCAAGAUUUGGAGCGGCUCAGGCAAGCCUUGCGGAAUCCAGUAGAAAAUUGGACUUGCUCAGAUUGUCUCUUGAGCUCAGGAGACAAGAGCUACCACCCGACAGCGCUACCGCUGCUCAGUUGAAGAGAGAAUUAGCCAGCGUACAGUCGGCUAGUCCAGUUCCUGUUACGUAUACAUCACUACAACCGUUCCGCGGUCCCUUGGAGGGUAAAGCUACCGUACCGGCUUCAGUAUCAAGAUGCGCAGCAGUCACAGGACAAUUAGAGGUAAGGCUGAUGGGUUGUCAAGACUUGGCGGAAGAAGUGCCUGGGCGUACGAGGAGAGAGCAUCCCGCUAGUCCUGAUUUACGUAGUUUCGUUAAGGGUGUCACGGGACGCAGCUCAAGCAAGUCAUAUAGUGUGAAAGAUGAAACAAGCAAUGAUAUUAUGGCAGUUAUAAAACUGGAUAACCAAACUGUAGGCCAAACUAGUUGGCGUCCAUGUUCCCAGCAAGCUUGGGACCAAAGGUUUUCUAUCGAGCUAGAUAAAUCGAGGGAACUUGAAAUAGGCAUUUAUUGGAAGGAUUGGCGAUCUCUUUGCGCGGUAAAAUUCUUACGCCUGGAAGAGUUUAUUGACGAUGUUCGGCACGGCAUGGCUUUACAGUUGGAACCACAGGGCCUGUUAUUCGCGGAGAUUAAAUUCCUGAAUCCGAUGAUAUCGCGGAAGCCCAAAUUGCAGCGCCAGCGCAAAAUCUUCAAGCAACAGGUGAAGAACUUCCCGAGAGCGAAUCAGAUGAACAUAAAUGUUGCGACUUGGGGCAGAUUGCUUAAGCGGUCAGCGCCCUCGCUACACAACUCCAGGAACUCCGAAAGCCCGCCGUCAGGACCACAACCGUUGCAACUCGUAUUCGAUACCUCAAUAGAAGAUAAGCCCGAGACUCCCGGCGAAGUGCCUGAUCCAGAGAAGGCUGGCUUGGGUGGCACGCGACCCUUGGGAAUGUCAACGUCUAGUAACAGUCCAACACUGCCACGUCCUCCGGAGCAUCCCCCGCCACCACCACCAACUGUCACGAAGAAACCCUCGAUACCUGCACCCGCUCCACCGCCUAAAUUGGAUCAAGAGAGUGCGUUAAGGGAGUUUGAUUUUCUGAACGAGGAAAAGGGGGGGCCUCAGGGCGCAAAUUUGAGGCCCCUUGUGACAGAGCCUCGCCCUGUGCUGAUCGCACCACCCUCUCCACGCACACCCUCGCCCCAACCCGUCGUCGAGUUUCCUGAGGAUGAGGUCGUAUAUGAACUGCCAAUCAGACCCCUUCAGCAGUACAGGGACAGCGCCUACGAGUCGAGGAGGCACUCGCAGCUUACCGGCAUGACUCUGGAGAACUUUAGGCUGCUCUCCGUGCUCGGCCGCGGACACUUCGGCAAGGUGAUACUGUCGCAGUACAGAAACACGGGCGAGUACUUCGCGAUCAAGGCCUUGAAGAAGGGGGACAUCAUAGCCAGGGACGAAGUGGAGUCGUUACUUUCCGAAAAGAGAAUAUUCGAAGUGGCGAACACGACGCGCCAUCCCUUCCUCGUGAACCUGUUCGCGUGCUUCCAAACCGAGGCACACGUAUGUUUCGUAAUGGAGUACGCAGCCGGUGGCGAUCUCAUGAUGCAUAUACACGCCGAUGUGUUCGGGGAGCCGCGCGCCGUGUUCUAUUCCGCUUGCGUCGUCCUGGGAUUACAGUACUUGCACGAAAAUCGCAUCAUUUACAGAGACUUGAAAUUGGAUAAUCUGCUGUUGGAUACAGAGGGUUACGUGAAGAUCGCGGAUUUCGGUCUGUGUAAGGAGGGCAUGGGGUAUGGAGAUAGAACGGGUACCUUCUGCGGUACACCCGAGUUCUUGGCGCCUGAAGUGCUGACGGAGACUUCCUAUACGCGAGCCGUGGAUUGGUGGGGUCUUGGAGUCCUGAUAUUCGAAAUGCUUGUCGGAGAGUCUCCCUUCCCAGGUGACGAUGAGGAGGAAGUGUUCGACUCCAUCGUAAACGACGAAGUGCGAUACCCACGAUUUCUUUCUCUGGAAGCAAUAGCAAUCAUGAGAAGAUUACUCAGGAAGAAUCCGGACAGGAGAUUAGGCAGCAGCGAGAGGGACGCAGAAGACGUGAAGAAGCAAGCAUUCUUCAGACACAUCGCUUGGGACGACUUGCUUCUGAGGCGCGUGAAGCCACCCUUCGUUCCAGUAAUCCACUCGGUGGAGGACGUGAGCAACUUUGACGAAGAAUUUACAUCGGAGAAACCUCAGUUGACGCCUCCGAAAGAUCCUCGGCCUCUUAGUGACCUAGAGCAAAGUCUGUUCAAGGACUUUACCUACAUGGCUGAUUGGUGCUAGCCAUAGUGAUCAGCCGUGAUCAGCCGUGAUCAGCAUCUCUCGACGGAAAAAUCGGCACACGUCGUGACUAAGGCAGAAAGUGGUUAUACUACGUUGGAGCCAGCGCAACCGUAUCAAUACGGUAUUCGUGCGUUUGUUUAUUUGAGCAAUAUAUACCAUAUAUAUCGUUAUAUCGUGUAUAGAUUUCUGUUUUUCAUUCUGAUGCUACGUGAACGAUCAGAGUAGGCAGAUCUACAAGAGAGAAAUCCUUCUAUCGAAUCUCAGGUUUUCCACUAACGCGUAUGAGUUACACGAUUUUAGUGGGUAGUAGUUGGUAUAUACGGGAAUUUUGUCUCCGAUCGUAUUGUCAAUCUCAGUCGGGUUUCAUGCCGAAAUAAACGUGUCCAAAAAUGUUGAAUUAACGAGACGAGCAUAAGCGUGAGUUCGCGAUUGACACACUUGGUUCAAUUAUUAAAACUAAUUCCGAAAGGAUUCCGAUCGAGCAAAGAGAGGACGAUAAGAGCCUACUGACAAAGAAGUUUCUUCGCAUAAAUAAAUAAAUAUAUAUAUAUAUAUAUAUAUAUAUAUAUACACAAGAAUACUUUUAGAUUAUAUAUUUACAGAAGUGAUCUCCGCGAGCACUGUCCUUUUGCUAGUAUUAAACGCGCACGGGAUUUAUUUUUCGUGAGAAUACAUCAUUUUCAAUACUUUCGUUAUCACUUAUAUUAUUAUUAUCGUGUACAGCGACGCAUACAUAUACGCAAUUACUCAAAGAUUUCGUAUAUAUCCUCGUAGAGCUUAAAGGAUAAUAAUCAUAACGCGAGCAGCAUUAAAAAUUCAUUAAGCGAAGCGUAAGAUAAAUCAAAAUGUAGCUGUGUACUUGCUCAUGCUCAUGUGAUAAAGAAUUGAGAUUGAAAUGGCGCUACAACAAUCACAAUCGUACCGCGAGUGGAACGUUCGGCGCUCUCAUUAAUCGUACACCAUGUCUACUAUGAUGAUAAUUGAUUGAAAAUUUCAUUGACGCAUAUAAAUAUAAAUAGAGAUAUGUAUCUAGCUAACUUUGCAAGAUCACAAUGGCAUGAGGCAUGUGAGCUCUGCGACGUCACGCGAGGCAGCAAUGUUUAUGCCGUACAUCAGGAUUCUUUAGAUUCGUCUAACGUAUGUAUCCUAAAAUAUAUCUAUUAUAUUCGCAUCGUUUAGUUAUCUACCAUUCGUAUCUUAGUUUCUAACGAGGUACUUUUACGAGUUCAUGUGCUCCAUAUUAUGUAUAUAUAAAUAUAUAAUCAAAUAAUCGGACGACGGAAUUAACGAUGGAUGAUACUUCUAAUGGUCGACAGUUAUCGCGACAGUAAUGCUUCGCGAUAAAUUUUCAUGAACUUUUCGUGACACGAGAUGAUGCUGCUAAGUCGAGUUCACACAUUCAGCUACGAACGUGCUUGGACGUUUUUCUUAAGAUUUGCUUCUAAUCUUGCUGAGAAUUAUCUGAGAACUGUGCGAGACUCGAAAUAGCUGUUGGAUCUUAUCACAUGCGGCUUAAAUUAAAUUUCCCUUCUUCUGAUUUUCGCGAAAUCUUUCGUUCCGUUACAAACGCUAUUGUUAUCCUUGUAUAACCGUAACCGUAUCGUAACUGAUUAACGAUUAAUCCUCUACAGGAUUUGCUUGUCAUUUCCGAUAUUUCCGUACACACGAACGCGAUUUGAACGUUACCUAUGGUAUAGACCUCGUUUAUCUCAUAAAAGGUGCCUACACGAUAAUUCGGACGAUUUUUGAUAACGUACAAUAUAUAUAACUAGAAAUUUCUUUUUGGAUGUUUCUAAAAUGAUGUGAUCCAAUCGGAUAUUGUAAAUUAUCUUUCUGACUUGUCAUUUAUCUCUAACUGUACAUCGUAAAAUUAGAAUUGAAGAUUGAGUUAUGAACUUUAUAAAAAAAAUAUAUGAAAAAGGAUAUUGCAAAUAAAUUUGAUAAAUUUCGAGGCAAUUCGCAUGUAGCUUAUUUAAUUUUAUUCCAUGCUUAUUCCGCACUUAUUAGUCAUGGUAUCAAACCAUCAAAAUGUUUCUUAGGAUUUUACUAAAUAUUAAUUGCCUAAAUUGCCUCAUUGUACUAUCAAAUUAUUAAAUUUAUUUGUAAUUUCCUCUCAAUACUAAUAAAGUGGACAAAUAUGUAACUAACCAGAACUAUUUGUGAAACUUUAAUAUCAAGCAUUUGAAAAAAUUAACUGUAUCACUAGUGAUAGACUCGAGAGUACCUAGUUGCCUUAUUGCAAUCAUAAAUUGAUAACCACUUUGGUAUCUAUUUUAUACAUAACUCUUAUAUACACACACGAUGUUUGAAACGUGUAGAAAAAAAUACUUUAAGUAUCCCUAGAAUACUUUUGGUCGAACACACUGGCAAAUCAUUUGAAGGGUAACUAAUGCAGGAUUUUUAAUGUGUCUGUUUUAUAUGAUUAAUGUAUACCCAAUAUUCGAAGCUUCUUUUUUUUUACACACAUUGUGUAAUUUUGAAACAAAGAAUAUAAAAUUUUUGCAAAGUUAUUAAGUGAUAAAAAACAGGCAGAAGAUUAACACGUAGGCAGCAUUUAUUAAAAAUACGCGUCGCAUGUAAGAGGCUACUGUGCCAGUGGCCUAAUUUGUAGAGCGGUACGGAGCGGAGAUUUUAACGGCCGAAGUCUACAGCUUUGGAGACCUUAUAAACAAUUUCGUACGACGAAAAUAUUUCUACGUCAAUCUAAUGUAAUUUUGUAUACCUAUUUUUUGUUUAACAGCACAUACAUGUGUAACUUGAUGUACGUCAUAAGAAAGCGUUAUGAACAAAUUACUCUCCCGCGCAGAUAUUACCUGCAAGACGCUAAAUUAUUCAAUUUUUGAAUACAUGAUGUGGUCUAAAGAAACAACAUGGUAAUUUUUAAAUGUGUACAUAUAUACAAAUAUUACAUGAUUUUUUUUGUAGAUAGAUUUACUCUCGAUUCGUAGAUGUUAUUAGAUUAUUGUACUUCGUUAUACGUCUUUUUUUAUAUAUACAUAAUUAUACAGCAUUACUAGAUGUAAUUUUGAUUAAAAUGUUCGCUAUAUAUUUAUCGUUAGUUUUGUAAUAAGAAAGAUUAUGUGCCUCGUAUUUUGUAGUAUCCACUAAUUAAUACACGAGUACUGUACGGCUAAGAGAAGAAAAGAGAAGGGGCUGAAGAUUUUUAAGAAUUAAUUUAUUUAAUGCAUAUAUAUAUUCGCAGUGGCAGCUUAUCACAUAUCACUUUAAACAAUAUUAUGCAAUCCUUAGAAGUAUCCUCAAAAUUCGCAUUAUGUGCGCGUAUGAAUUACUUCAAAGAAAUAAAUCUGAAAAAUAUA